CCCGGAGGGGCGUCCCUCAGAGGAGAGGUGGGCGCCUGGCGCUCCCCGCCCUCGGGAGGGCAGAGCAGGAGGGGCCCUCCCUGCCGGGAUAUUCAGCGCGGCGGUGGCGGCCCCGGCCCCUCUGAGGGAACAGCUAUUGGCGGGAAGCCGCUUUCCCUGUGGGGGGACCGGGGGCUUGCACAGAGAUCCUCGGUUAUUUUACCUAAGUUAAGUGAUGGAAGCAUACACUAAAGAAAAAAAAAUCACCCUUGGGUCUUUGGCAUUCAUAUUUGUGUGAAAGAAUCUAGGAUGUUCCAAGAAAACAUAUCAGCCAAUUGCUUAAAUAUAGUAACAACAUCUACUGAAGAUGGUGCUUUCCAAAAAAAAGGCCAUAGUGCGAGAAUCCUUAGCCCAGAAGAAGCUGAGAGACUGGCAAAAGAUAGGGUUUUGGUGUCUGAGUUCAAGCAACUAAAACUGGAGAAAGAGGCACAGAAGAACUGGGAUCUGUUUUACAAGAGAAACAGCACCAACUUCUUCAAAGACAGACACUGGACAACCAGAGAGUUUCAAGAGUUAAAAGCAUGUCGGGAGUUUGCAGAUCAGAAACUGACCAUUCUGGAAGCAGGCUGUGGGGUUGGGAACUGCUUGUUUCCACUCUUAGAAGAAGAUCUGAAUAUUUUUGCAUAUGCCUGUGAUUUCUCUCCUAGAGCUGUUGAGUAUGUGAAGAAAAAUGCCUUAUACAGUACUGAAAGAUGUAAAGUGUUCCAGUGUGAUCUUACCAAAGAUGAUCUUCUAGAAAAUAUACCAGCAGAUUCUGUGGAUGUUGUCACACUUAUAUUUGUGCUUUCUGCCAUUCAUCCUGACAAAAUGCAUCUUGUCUUGAAGAACAUUUACAAGGUAUUAAAACCAGGCAAGUGUGUCUUGUUCAGAGACUAUGGACUGUAUGAUCAUGCAAUGCUCAGGUUUAAAUCUGGCAGCAAACUUGGAGAAAACUUUUAUGUUAGACAAGAUGGGACAAGAUCGUAUUUUUUUACUGAAGAGUUCUUGUCUCAGCUUUUCAAGGCUGAGGGAUAUGAGCAAGUGGUCAAUGAAUAUGUGCAGCGAGAAACUGUGAAUAGGAAAGAAGACUUGCGUGUUCCAAGAGUUUUUCUUCAAAGCAAAUUUCAAAAGCCUUUCAGUAAGACAUAAGUUCUUGCUGAUUAGCAACAACAUUGCUUGUUUGAAAUGGAAGCUAGCAUGUAGUUUUUCCUUGUGUGUGCUCAUCUUUCUGGUAAACCAGAAAUGACUGCAUCCAGUACCUCUUGUUGGUUUUCAUCCUCAAUAUGAAAUAUGAAUGCUAUUUCUAAUUCAAAUUUAAGAUGGUUUAGUGAUGCAGGCAACCUUGAGUAUCUGUAUUCCUACUUCUAAAGUAAAUCCUUUGCAGCAUUGUUGGAGGAUCAGGUAAACUACACUAAAUAUGGUUAAUUUUAAGCACUAGUUUUCAUUAGUUAUUAUCAUAAUUGUUAUUUCCAUUUUUAUUAAAACCUAUUUUUUAAAUAAG